AUGGCGGUUUUCACUGUUGCGGAUUAUAUCGCCGAAAGGCUCGCUCAAAUAGGCAUCAGGCAUCACUUCUUGGUACCUGGGGACUACAACCUAACUCUUCUGGAUAAGCUUGAAGAGCAUCCGUCCCUGACUGGCAUUGGAUGCACAAACGAGCUAAAUUGCUCUCUAGCGGCGGAGGGAUAUGCUAGGGCUAACGGAAUCGGAGCCUGUGUUGUUACAUACAGCGUGGGUGCUUUCUCUGCUUUCAACGGUAUUGGCAGCGCCUAUGCCGAAAACCUCCCAGUUAUUCUGAUAAGCGGAGCACCAAACACGAAUGACGCGGACCGGCAUCUGCUUCAUCAUACUCUUGCCGAAUACGACUUUACCUAUCAGUUCGAGAUGGCCAAGAAAGUUACAUGUUCCGCGGCGGCAAUCCGCAACUCCAAAUCUGCUCCUGAGUCUAUUGACCGCGUCAUACAAGCUUGUCUCAGGCAGCAUAAGCCUGGGUACAUUGAACUUCCUACAAACCUAGCAAGCGAGACGUGCGUUCGGCCAGGACCUAUUGGGGGACUUGCUGCUGCAGGCCGACAGGAUGAAUCUGUUCUACUUGCGGCAGUCACUAGUGUUGCGGAAUAUAUUGAGGCGAAACAAAAACCGGUCAUUCUCGCUGGCCCGAAGGUUCGGGGAUCUAAAGUUCAGAAGAAUCUUGUCCGUUUAGCGGAAGCAAUUGGUUGUGCGGUCGUUGUUCAGCCAGCGGGCAAAGGCUUGUUCCCCGAAACACACCCUCAAUUUGCGGGAGUUUUCUGGGGACAAGUGAGUACACUCGCUGCCGACAGCAUAGUCAAUUGGUCAGAUGUGCUGAUAUGUGUUGGAACAAUAUUCACAGACUACAGCACAGUCGGCUGGACGGCUGUGUCCAAUGUACCGGGUAUUAUCAUAGAUGUGGACGCCGUUACCUGUGCGACAACUCAUUUCAGCGGCGUGCGCAUCCGUGACUUUCUGGCAAGCUUAGCAGACGCUGUCUCCUGGAACGAAAACUCAAUGGCGGAGUACAGUCGAUUGCGUCCAGAACUGCCUGUGCUGCGUGCUUCAUCGUAUGGGGAGCUCACCAGAAGGGAGGUUGCGAGGCGAUUACAAGAACUCCUAGAUCCAGACACGACCGUUUUUGCAGACACAGGCGAUUCCUGGUUCAACGGAGUUCACCUGCAACUUCCGCUAGGAGCCGGAUUUGAAAUAGAAAUGCAAUGGGGCCACAUCGGAUGGUCGAUACCCGCUUCGUUUGGCUACGCGCUUGCGAGACCAAAACGCAAGCUCAUCGUCAUGAUUGGAGACGGAGCCUUCCAGGUCACAGCACAGGAGAUAUCUCAGAUGGUGAGACAUCGUACACCGAUUAUUCUUGUUCUCAUGAAUAAUAAGGGUUACACAAUUGAGGCUGAGAUUCACGAUGGUGUGUACAAUCGGAUUCAUAACUGGAACUAUGUGCUUCUUGUCCAAGCAUUCAACUCUUCGGAUAGCGGGGGACGCGCCCUCGCCCUCAAAGCAGAUACGACAGAAGAGUUUUCCGAAGUUAUUAGGUUGGCACAAGCACAUAAAGACGGACCAAGUCUUAUUGAAUGUAGUAUCGAACAGGAUGACUGCAGUAAAGAGCUCAUUACGUGGGGCCAUUAUGUUGCGGCGGCGAAUAGUCGUUCCGGGAUAAAUAUCUAG